GUGUCGAAGAUGAGCAAAAGUUUGAAAUCGGCCAGCAUACCUGAAGUGGAGGAGCACAUAUCCAUGAAAUAUGAGAUUAGGAAACGGCUUGGCAAAGGGGCGUAUGGCAUCGUGUGGAAGGCGGUGGACAGGGAGACGGGUGAGAUUGUGGCCGUGAAGAAGAUUUUCGAUGCCUUCCGGAACAAGACGGACGCUCAGCGGACCUUCCGAGAGGUGAUGUUCCUGCAGGAGUUUGGAGACCACCCCAACGUGAUCAAGCUUCAAAAUGUGGUGCGGGCGCAGAACGAUAAAGAUAUUUACCUGAUCUUUGAGUACAUGGACAGCGACCUGCACGCCGUGAUCAAGAAAGGAACGCUGCUGAAGGACAUUCACAAGCGCUACGUCAUGUACCAGCUGCUCAAAGCCGUUAAAUAUUUGCACUCGGGAAACGUCAUCCACCGAGACCAAAAGCCGUCCAACGUGCUGGUGGACUCGGACUGCGUGGUCAAGCUGUGCGACUUCGGCCUGGCCCGGUCCCUCAACCAGAUCCAAGAGGACAGCGGGAGCCCGGCACUGACGGAGUACGUGGCCACCAGGUGGUACAGAGCUCCUGAGAUCCUGCUGGGCUCCACCAGGUACACCAAGGGUGUGGACAUGUGGAGUCUGGGCUGCAUCCUGGGUGAGAUGCUGCUGGGGAAGGCUCUGUUCCCCGGGACUUCCACCAUCAACCAAAUAGAGAAGAUCAUGAGCGCCAUCCCGCACCCCUGCCCGGAUGAUUUCCUCUCCGUCAAGUCUGAGAUUGGGUCCUCGUUCAUCCAGAAGAUGCUGCUGAAGCCACAAGUGCCUUUGGAGGAGGUCCUGCAGUCUUCGGUACCUCCAGACGCUCUGGACCUGCUGAAGGGCUUGCUGGUGUUCAACCCGGACAAGAGGCUGACUGCGGAGAAAGCCCUGCAGCAUCCUUAUGUAGCCAGGUUCCAUAAUCCAGCCAAGGAGCCUGCUCUCACCUACGAUGUCACGCUGCCGCUGGACGACGACGUGCAAUUAUCCGUGGAACAAUACCGCAACAGACUUUACCAGAUGAUCCGAGACAGGAGGAGUCCCCUGGGCGCCCUCACACACAUCCAUCACAAAGACACCGGCGCCGGCAGGGACAGGAAACACCACCUGAAGGACACGGCGGCCAACGACAAUCAGGAAGCCAAGACGCAAGAGCCGCCGGCGAGGGCUGAGAAACACGAGCCAGCGAAUGCAUCGCCGCCCCCGUCAGAGAACCCUGCCCUCAGCAGAUCCACGUACAACCCCAUCACACACACUCAAAGUGUUUUCGCCCAGAGCCACGCCAGCGCGGCCAGGAGAGCCGCCGCACCCGCCGGCGGCAGUGCCGGCCCCUCGCCAACAGAUGGCGUCAGAGCCCACACGUCCAUGGACCAGAUCAUCCAGCGCGGACGUUCGGCCCCCGCCCACCACAGCCGCUCCUUCUCCCUGACGCUCACCCAAGCUCAGAACAACCCGCUGGUGCGCAAGAACGACACGCCUCUGUCCUCGGGGCCCAGCGUGGCCUGCGCUAACCCGAGCCAGCAGUCCGUCUCUCACGCCCGCGAAGGUCGACCGCCCCCCCGCUACAGCAAGAAGGUCUUCCAGAACAACUGCAACGUGUCGGCCGCGGGCGACCCGCGCGCCAAGCUCGGCAGCUACUGCCAGGCCUACGGCACCAUCAGCAAGACGGACCUGGACAACCUGCUUCAAGCGCGCGCCUGCAACCAGUAGCUGACCCGCCCACGGUCAGGGUGCGGGAAACUCCUCCCACUCGCCCCGGACUGCAGCUUCCGUUUCACACAAGGAAGCUUGAGAAGCCAAACCAGGACAACACAUGAGACUUGUCAUGUUGAUCUCCGCCCAUCAUCUCUCAAAUGAUGAGAAAUGAGAAAUGAAAGGGAUGACUUUGGAUUGACUGCAGUGACAUAUUUCUAUUCUUAAAACCAAAAUAAUCAUGAGCCGCUUGGGGUCACAAUAAAAGGAUCUUAUGUUUUCACCUUCUUUAUUAUGAC